GUAGGACAGCACUGAGUUACUCAUUCACUGCGAUGGGAAGGGAUAACGAAACGAGUGCUGUGCAGUGAAGUGCAGAAGCGAUGCAGGUGCAGCAAUUUGGUGAAGGAAGUUAAGGCCACCCUUCAUGUUUCUUUAUCAAUGUUCCCUUUUCUUCACGUCUCUCGGAAUUCUAUGCAGGAUUCCAUUCCCCUUUUCUCCUUCUUCAAGAAUUUUUUAAACCUCUUAUUAUUUCCAACCGAUUUUGAAUUCGUUUUCGCCUUUUGUUGUUGCUGCUGCUGCUGUUUGAUUACUUUUCUUAUAUAUACAUAUACAUAUACCGAUAACUGUUGGAGAUCGAUCGGUGGUGUAUUAUUGUUGUUGUGCUCGAUCGGAAGAGGUGAUAAUUAUGGGGACCUGCUUCAGUUCGUCGGCAAGAGUUGAUGCCACUCUGAGUAUCCCGUCCGAAGCUUCGAGGUUUCCCAGCAAAAUGAGUAAUUCUCCUGCUCCUUUCAACAUAGGAAUUCCAUUGUAUAGUCGGAAAAGCAGUGCAGAAAGCCUCCCCACACCACGUUCAGAAGCAGAGAUCCUAUCAUCCCCUCACGUUAAGGCCUUCACUUUUAAUGAGUUAAAGAAUGCAACCAGAAACUUUCGUCCUGACAGUCUUCUUGGCGAGGGAGGAUUUGGCUGCGUAUUCAAAGGAUGGAUUGAUGAACACUCCCUCACCGCAGCAAAGCCUGGAUCCGGAUUGGUGAUCGCUGUAAAGAAGUUGAAGCCGGAGGGAUUCCAAGGCCACAAAGAGUGGUUGGCGGAAGUCAAUUAUCUGGGCCAACUUCACCAUCCAAACUUAGUUAAGCUUAUCGGAUACUGUUCUGACGGGGACAACCGGCUUCUAGCAUAUGAGUUCAUGCCCAAAGGAAGCUUGGAGAAUCAUUUGUUCAGAAGAGGUCCUCAACCCCUGAACUGGGCUACUCGGAUCAAGGUUGCCGUAGGUGCAGCCAGAGGCCUCGCAUUUCUGCACGAAGCCGAAGAACAAGUGAUAUACAGAGAUUUUAAGACAUCCAACAUUCUUCUGGAUGGGGAGUUCAAUUCAAAGUUGUCGGACUUUGGUUUAGCUAAAGCCGGUCCAACUGGCGACCGAACACAUGUAUCGACUCAAGUAAUAGGCACACACGGAUACGCAGCGCCGGAGUAUGUUGCCACUGGUCGAUUGACAGCAAAGAGCGAUGUGUACAGUUUUGGGGUUGUUUUACUCGAGCUGCUAUCCGGGCGCCGUGCUGUCGACAAAACUAAGGUUGGCAUAGAGCAGAACCUAGUCGACUGGGCGAAACCAUAUAUGAACGACCGGAGAAGAUUGUUCCGGAUCAUGGAUACAAGAUUAGGGGGGCAGUACCCUCAGAAAGGAGCCUACAUUGCUGCAACUAUCGCGGUGCAGUGCCUGAGCAUCGAGCCGAAGCUCAGGCCACGGAUGGCGGAGGUGUUGUCCACACUCGAGCAGCUACAAAACCCGAAAAAGGCGAAUGUUCAUCCCAAAACAGAGGAGACCUCUGCUCGUCCAGUAAAUUCUGCUUCUUCGAUGAAACAGCACAGAGCUCUGAAUAAGACAGCUUUGGCUUCUCCAUUGCCUUCGCAACGGAGAUUGUAACAUGAACGAGCUCGAGCUUGUUCGCGCCCAUAAUUUUGGUCCCUGGCAGGCUUCUUCUAUCCUCUUGUGUAGCUGUAAAUUCUUAGUUGAUUACUUGUCAAGUUAUGGUUGUGAUGAACUGUUGAAUCUGGCAUUUGAUCUCUUCGUGUUCAACGUUAGUUAUAUUUGUUAACGUAUUCAGAACUUGCUUUAUAUGAUCGAUCGAUCAUUC